CUUUCGCGUCCUCCCUUUUUUCCCUGUCUGGCAUUGCCCUGAAAGUCCCAUCUCCUACUUCCUCGUUUCCCGUCAUCAACACUAGCACCAGCCUCCCCCCGCGUUCCCAACAUCAAACACCUCGAACCCUGCGCAGUUCAGAGAGAGCAGUAGAACAUGUCGUCGCCGGCAAACCGAUCAACACGCAGUUCUGCGACGCCUGGUCGGGCGACGCGCAGCUCCCAGCAACGGAGCAGCCCCGCGCCCGGCCCGUCCAACGCUGCAGAGAAGACACCCCGUCAGACAAGAUCUUCGCAGCUGGCUUCCAGCCCUCUCUUCUACCAGUCUUCGUCGCCCGCUCCUGGCGCCAACAGGGCCUCCUCCCCCCUGCGCCAGAUGAGCAACAGUCAGAGCACCCACCGGGCUGCCCCUAGCUCGCCCUUGCGCCAGCAGACAGAGACCCAGAGUGCCGGUGACCGGACACCCCGUGCACGCGGCGCACUCAUUGGAGAUUCGUCACCGAUCCGAUACGAUCCCAGCUCCAGCCCCGGCCACCAGCUCACCCAGCAGUCGGACCUGCACAGCGACAGCAGCGCACUCUUUGUCAGCUCGCAGCGGGCUACCAACUUGAGGUCCUAUCGAGGAGAUAUCAACUCUGAUGUCAUCCGGACACCCCGUAUGCCCCGCCGCAUCAUCUUGGACGAUGCUGGCCGAGUCGUCCGGGACGGCUCCGCCCUCGGCUCGGAUGCCGCAUCCUUUGCGAACAACAACCCCCAUACCUCGGAGGCAGACGCUCUCGGUGGCCCGAGCCAAAGCCUCGUCUGGGGUACCACGGUUUCGCUGGAGGACUCGUUCGCCUCUUUCCGGGACUUCCUAAAGAACUUCACCAAGAAAUACCGCAUGUGGGCCGAUGGUGCCACCGAAGCCGAGACCAGCGGGAUUCCCGAGGCCAACUCAAAGCCCUACUGGGAGGCCAUGGAGACUAUGCUGCUACUCGGCACGAACAAGCUGUACCUGGACCUCCGCGACCUCAAGGCCUACCCGCGCACCGUCAAGCUGUGGCACCAGGCGCAGGCAUACCCGACCGAAAUCAUCCCGGUCAUGGAUCAAUGCGUUCACGACUGCAUGACCGAGCUCGCGCAAGCCGAGAUGGCAAGCCAGAGGGCAGCCGUCCACAACACCUCUGGACCCAGCGCGCCGCAGGCCUCCCAGAGCUCGGAGCUUGCUUUUCCCAGCUCAGACCGGGCAGAAGAGCCGUCCACUCCCCGGCCUGCCCCGCGAGAGCAAUUGACGCUAGAGGACCAAGUCGCCAAGCAGCGGUACUUGGUUCGCCCGUGGGGCCUCGACCACACGAUCAAUCUGCGGGACCUCAACCCGUCUGACAUGGACAAGCUCAUCUCCAUCAAGGGCCUCGUCAUCCGGGCGACCCCAGUCAUCCCUGACAUGAAGACGGCCUUUUUCAAAUGCAGCGUCUGCGGACAUUCCGUCACGGUCGACCUGGAUCGCGGCAAGAUCCGCGAGCCUACGGAAUGCCCCCGCGCCCGCUGCAAGCAAAAGAACUCGAUGCAGAUCAUCCACAACCGCUGCGAGUUUGAAGACAAGCAGGUCAUCAAGCUGCAGGAGACCCCAGAUGCCGUCCCGCCUGGCCAGACGCCCCACUCGGUGUCUGUCUGCGUUUACAACGAGCUGGUCGAUUUCUGCAAGGCUGGCGACCGGGUCGAGCUCACUGGCGUCUACAAGGUGACGCCAGUGCGUGUGAACCCACGGAUGAGGACAGUCAAGAGCGUGCACAAGACCUACGUCGACGUUGUUCACGUGCAAAAGGUGGACAGGAAGAGGAUGGGCGCAGACCCCUCUACGCUCGACCUUGCGGAGGAAGAGGAGGCGCACGUCAGUGGCCAGACCCUCGACGAAAUCAAGAAGGUCACCCCGGCUGAGGAGGAGAAGAUCAAGGCGACAGCGGCUCGAGAGGACAUCUACGAGCUUCUCGCGCGGUCGCUCGCUCCUUCAAUCUACGAGAUGGACGAUGUCAAAAAGGGUAUUCUCCUGCAGCUCUUUGGUGGCACCAAUAAGACCUUUGAGAAGGGGGCCAGCCCCAAGUACCGCGGAGACAUCAAUGUGCUGCUCUGCGGUGACCCGUCUACAUCGAAGUCGCAGCUCCUGUCGUACGUACAUAGGAUUGCCCCGCGGGGCGUCUACACCAGCGGCAAGGGCUCUUCGGCUGUUGGUCUGACCGCCUACGUGACUCGCGACCCCGAGACGCGGCAACUGGUUCUCGAGUCGGGUGCGCUCGUCUUGUCCGACGGCGGCGUGUGCUGCAUCGAUGAGUUUGACAAGAUGAACGAGUCGACACGGUCGGUCCUCCACGAAGUGAUGGAGCAGCAGACCGUGUCGGUGGCUAAGGCGGGCAUCAUCACGACGCUCAACGCCAGAACAAGCAUUCUGGCGUCUGCUAACCCAAUCGGCAGUCGGUACAACCCGGACCUGUCGGUGCCGCAGAACAUCGACCUCCCGCCUACCCUGCUGUCCCGUUUCGAUCUGGUCUACCUCAUCCUCGAUCGGGUUGACGAGAGGACAGAUCAGCGUCUGGCCCGCCAUCUGCUGUCCAUGUACCUUGAAGACAAGCCCGAGACAGCCCAAACCGGCAACGACAUUUUGCCCAUUGAGUUCCUGACCUCCUACAUCUCGUACGCCCGCGCCAACAUCCACCCGAAAAUCAGCCCCGAAGCAGGCCGCGAGCUCGUCGACUCGUACGUCGAGAUGCGCAAGCUGGGCCAGGACGUGCGCGCCGCCGAGAAGCGCAUUACGGCCACGACGCGGCAGCUCGAGUCUAUGAUCCGCCUGGCCGAGGCGCACGCCAAGAUGCGCCUUUCGAAGACGGUCACGCGCGACGACGUCCAGGAGGCCGUGCGGCUGAUCAAGUCGGCGCUCAAGACGGCCGCGACCGACGCCCAGGGCCGCAUCGACAUGAGCUUGUUGACCGAGGGGACGAGCGCCGCGGAGAGGAAGCGCAAGGCGGAUAUGAAGGAUGCAGUUUUGCGGUUGCUGGACGAGUUGACCGCGGGCGGGCAGGCGGUGAGGUUCUCUGAGGUGGCGAGGAAACUCGCGGAGGGGGCGGGAGUGCCGGUUGAGCCGAGCGAGUUUGCCGAGGUGAUGAGGACGUUGGAGAUGGAGGGCGCCGUGAUGAUUAGUGGAGAGGGCCCGAGGAGGAAUGUUAGGAGGGUAACAGCCACUGUUUAAGCGUGUACUGGGACAUAUGUCAUCGGGUCAGGCAUGGUUAAGGUCGGUUUGUGUUUACAAGCAAGGGCGUCUCAUUUACAGUGAAUUGUCAAGCAUAACCCCAUUUGCUUCUGGUCGAUGGUAACUACAAGUCUAGGUAUAAUGAUGAUGGUACCCGG